AUGAGCGGCGCCGCGCAGACGUUACUGCGCCUGUUGCUAGCGGCGACGGCAGCAGCCGCGCCCUCUACCGCCGCGACGUCCUGCAUCGACGCCGAGAAGGCGUGCGAGACCAGCAUGCAAUGCGGCAACGCCAAAUUCAACAUGGAGCUCGGUUGCAACGAGCUCAUCUACCCUGCGGCCGGCGCUCCGAAUGUCGGCUGCUCUAUGCGAUGCCAGCGCGCCCUGGUGUCGCUCGCGUCGACGCCCGAAGGAUACGAGUGGUUGGAAAACUGCGACUGCGGGUUGAAUCACGGGUGCCGACGCACGCAGGAGGUGUACGCGCGCGUCUGCGCCAGCACUUUCCCGCGCAACGCGACGGGCCGUCAGCCGAUCGGCUGUUUGAAGGCCGAGUGGAUCUGCAAGAGCAACGAGCUGUGUCGGCAUGCGCUGCGAUAUCAUAUCGACCACUGCAGAGACAUGAUCGCCGGACGACAGUGCGCGCCGACGUGCAACGAGAGCAUCGCCAUCUUGUUUCGUCAGAGCAAGGCCGCCUACCUGCAGACCUGCGUCUGUGACGGAGAACGACCGCAGCCGUGCGAGCGCUGGCGUCGCAACGUCGACCGUCUGUGUCUGCUGAUCAGCGCCUCCUACCGGGCGACCGCCGCCGACGUCGUCGUCGUCGUCGCGGCACUCGUGUUAGUUGUCGUCGCGCAGCAGCAGCGGUGGAUGUCCUCCUAG